UGUCGAUUAUCAACAUCUUGAAAGAGUGCAUGGAUUGGAUAAACGUUUAAUGUUGUCAAGCAGUCCGGCAAAUUCUUUGGGGGAAGGGAAAAAAGUAAAACAAACAAAUAAUUUUAAUCAAAUAAAUAAUUAUAGUAAUAAUAAUUUUAAUAUUACACAAAAAAGACAUUUGGAAGUUAAUAAUGAAAUGUUUGGUGAGGAACCUGUUGAGAAAAUGCCUAAGGUGGGGACUGGAUUUUUGUUAAAAAUAAGAGGCAAUUUAAUUAGUUCCUGA